AGUUCCAGCUCUAGUUUAUGUUGUGUAUGUGUGGGUGCGUUAGUAAUAGUUUAUCCAGAAUAUGAAUUAAGCAGAAUUAAUCCGAAACGCCGACGCCCAGAAAUCCGUUCAGAGUGUCCAUUGCCCGUCCUGGAAAAACUCCAAACUCUGGAAAUACUGGAAUUUUUCAAAUCCCAAUAAAAAUCCGAGAUAAAUUCAACAGUCAGCCUUUGUGUGUGUGUUGGCUAUCGUGUGUGUGUGUUGAGUGUGAAAGACUGUGAGAGCGAGACAAACGAUUGCGAGGGAGUCGAGCUUUGCCAAUUUGCCAGUUAAUUUUCGGCAUUUAAUCGCAGUUUUAUCCCCGAAAAACCAGACGGAAGUUUAUUCUGAUUCCAACGAAUAUGCUGUUCGUUUUCUCACCAAACCACUGUUGAUAAGAAGCUAAGGAGACAGGAAACUAGUGAAAACAACAGAAGCAGCCGAAAAAAACUUAAUCGAAAGAAAUUAAAUAACAAGGCGGCAACAACACUUACAUAAAUUAAACCCGCAAAUGCAACAACACUUAUAACAAUAGCUUAUCACACAGCAACAACAACAAGUACAUCUGAAACAACAACAAAUCAGCAGCCAGAAAGAACAACAGUUUAUCUCAAAUAUUCUGCCGGCAGCACGAGUGCGAGGGAGACAGAGCAUUGUGAGAGAGCAGAGAGAGAGAGAGAGAGAGGGAGAAAGGAAGUGUGCGUGUCUGUUUAUGUGUGUGUGAGUGUGGGAUCAGGCUGCGAAAAAAACAACAAAAGCAUAUUUUGCAUUGUUCGACGCGCCUAACUGUAAAAAUAUAGGUACUUGUAAAAAAAAAAAAAAUUACGAGAACCAAAAAAAAUGGCACGCGGCUUCGAUCAUCUGUUCAAGUUACUAAUAAUCGGCGAUAGCGGCGUGGGCAAGUCGUCGCUGCUCAUCCGAUUCUCGGACGACACAUUCUCGGGCAGUUACAUCACCACGAUCGGCGUCGACUUCAAGAUCCGCACCGUGGACAUUGAGGGGAUGCGCGUGAAACUGCAGAUCUGGGACACCGCCGGCCAGGAGCGAUUCCGGACGAUCACGAGCACCUACUACCGCGGCACCCACGGCGUCAUCGUCGUCUACGACGUCACGAACGGCGAGUCCUUUGCGAACGUCCGCCGCUGGCUGGAGGAGAUCCAGAACAACUGUGACGUGGUCAAGAAAGUAUUAGUCGGCAACAAGAACGAUGAUCCGGACAGGAAGGUGGUGAUCACGGAGGACGCGCAGCGGUUCGCGAAACAAAUGGACAUCGAACUGUACGAGACAUCCGCCAAAGACAACAUCAACGUGGAGAACAUGUUCUUGUCGAUCACGCGGCAGGUGCUCGACCACAAGCUGCGCACCUCACCCAACGAGCAGCAGAAGGACACGCUGCACCUGAAGCCGAAUCCCAAGGGCACCAAGGGCGGGAAGUGCUGCAGGUGAAAGCGGCUCCGGCGAGGGAGAUGGCACUGCAACUGGACGGGGAUCGGAGCCGGAAUUAGGACCAGGACCUGGAUCAAGUCCGGGUGCGGAUGGAUACGUUGUGGGGGCGCGUAGUUUGUAGGGUUCUUGGCGUACGAUACGGCACAUACACUCACUCACAUAGAUAUAUAGCUCACACCAACCAACCAACCAACCCACAACACAACACCACACCACACCACACAACAACACCCCGAAACCCAAAAAAAAAAGAUAACCCAACACACCCGAAAUCCACUAAAGACAACAAUUUUUUUGUUUUGUUUUUUUUUUCCUCCUGUGUUUUUAUUCGGAUUAAUGCCAGGUAGCCGUAAAUUAAAGUGUAAAAGUGUAAAGCGCAAUUAAAUGUAUUUAGCAAUUUAUAUACAUAUUAAUAUAUACAUAAACAAAAUUAAACAAAUCGCAUAUUUAUAUACAAGAAUAUAUUUAUAUUUCAAACAGAAAAUUGUAUUUACAAUUACGAAAGAGACGGCAAAAAGUAAAUAAUAUUUCUCGAAAGCUAAAAGUACGAAAACUGUAUACAUAUAGGUGUAUACUAGAUACUAAUGUUUGGCUUCCGAUCGCGAUUCAUCACUCCAAACUAUCAACUAGAAAUUACAAAAUUGAGAAGAGUUAAAAAACUUGUUUAAUUUAUUAAUGGUUUGCUAUUGUUUUCAUUUAACAGCAAUUCACUUUAUGUAAAUGACGUGAUGAAUCCAAAGUUCAAUUGCAAACUAGAUUUAUUAAAUCAUUAUGAAAUUUUGAAUCUCAAUUAAUUUGGUUGGAAUAAAUAGUCAUGAACAUUUAUUUUACUCUAGGAAACUGCCUUACUCUGUAAAAAAUUGAUUUGAUAUUACUGCCAUUCCAUUCUUGGAUUCACUAAACCCUUUUGGUCCCUUAAUUUUAAUUCACUCCCAAAAUUAACUUACAAAGUGUAUUAUUUAGGCGGUUACAAUAAAAAAAACAUUUUUAUUUUUAUGGGAUCGUUGAUCUAAAACUAUCAAUAAAACGCAUCACUUUUAAUGAUCCUGGACAACCAGAAAUCCAACAUGCAAUAAUUGUGAAACAAGGAUUGAUCUUUUCAAAAACAAAUAACUUAUUUAAAACGAAAACAGGAAACACUAUUACUAUAUGAAAAGAUAUAGUAAUAUUCAAAUAGAACUUCUGGUUUGGUGUCCCCCAACAAUUUAUGAAAAUAAUUGCAUACUUUCCGGAUUGUCGAAAAAUGUAAUAGAAAAACUUUGAUUAAACAUUUUCUUUUCACAAAAGAAUUGUAGGCAUCUAGUUCUGAGUACAUAAUUUGAACAAUUUAAGCUAUACCCGAACUUAAAUAAAUAUAUAUUGAGUUUAAACACCAAAAAAUAAAGAACUAACUAUUGGUUUUGCUGCAAAAGGCUUUCAGAAAGUGCGGCAACUCAUAGAGAAAGACUAUGCAUGAGUAAAAACAAGUAUAUUUCAUACCAACCAAAAAGAAAACUAUAUAUUUAUGUAUGUGUAUAUAUUUAUCGAUUUAAAUAAAGAAGACAAAUUGAUUUUCUACAA